AUGGUGAAGGAUCGGCUGGCAGAAUUGAAAAGCAAAAGCAAGUACGCCAACCACAAUGCGGACGAACCGGGCCCGGUGGAAACGCCACUGUCUAAAUCACAGGAGGAAAUCUUCCAAAAUCUCGAAAAGUUUUCUCAACUUACUGCAUGGAUCCAAACGAUACGCGGCAAUAUUACGGAAAUGCGGAAGCAGAUUGGUUCCUCCAAGUUUCACUACAACGACAAACCCAUUCGCGAUCGGGUGGAGGAAAAGCUGAAGGAAAACAACCAGCUCUGUCAGCGCAUUUACAGCUCCAUCAAGCAGCUCGAGUUGGAGCUCGGGGACGAUUGCAUUCGCACCGGUGUGCUGUUUCGCAUCAAGAACACCCAGUUUCUGGUGAUCCGGGACGAUUACCUGAGCGCGUACCGGGAGCAUGAGGAGUUUGUGUCGUACUACGAGCGUCGUAUCAUGUGGAUGAUGAAGCUGGAGGCGAAAGCAAUGAACUACAACAUCACGGACGAUGAGGCACUGGAGCAACUUACCGGUAAUCAAAGGUCACCAUUCGUAGACAAUCUGCUAGAGGAAACGGAGCGAGAGCGUCAAAUGCUGCGCGACAUCAUGACCCGUCACAGUCAGCUGGAAGCGUUGGAAAAGUCGCUGAUGGAGGUGCGGGAUAUGUUCGUGCGAAUAUCGAGCCUGGUAAUGGAGCAGGGCAGUCUGGUGCAGGUUAUCGAGUACCACGCGCAACAGGCCACGCUUAACACGGAUCACGGUGCGCAUCAGCUGCAGAAGGCACGAGAAUACAAGAUCAAGGCGCUAAAGAAGCGCACGUGCUUGUUGAUCUGGAUCAGCACUACGCUAGCGGUACUAUUGUUUUUGAUGAUCAUUUUCUGA